AGGCUAAACAGCACAAGUAAGGAGUGUGGCUAUUUGUGAGACACGCGGUCAUCAGUAUUGCAGUUAGGCCUGCGGUUAAAACCCAUCACCAUUUGUGUUUCCAUUUCCCCAAAAAGACAAGGCGACGAAUAAGAUUGAAGGCGCAGCAGCAUAUUCAAAAUCAAUCGUCCAAUUGGUUUCUGGUCUCGGUCAAGACUCGGCAAAGCAAAUAGGAAAUGGCAAGAAAUAUGGGUCAUCUCUUGAGAUUGAUGAUGGAGCUUCCAGCAUCCAGAGUUGGUUUUUCUAAGCACUUAGCUAGUCGACUCAUCUGCUCUACAACUCAAGGAGUGCAAGUCAAACAGGAUCGUCCUGGAGAGCAUGAUGCUCAUACCUCGGAUGAGAAGGAGAAGGUUGAUAACAAAAAUGAAGGGAGUACUGAAGUUGAGAGCGACAAUGAUGAAGGGGACAAUGGUUACAUUAAUAAAAAGACUGGUGAGAUUGGAGGCCCGAGAGGUCCUGAGCCCACCCGCUAUGGCGACUGGGAGAAGGGUGGCCGCUGCUCUGAUUUCUGAUCUUCGUUUCUGCUUUUGAUUCAACUGCCCUAUUAUAGGUAAUGGCUCACUUAUUGGGUAUGGGGGAGACGAAUAAAUAGUAAUGUAGGUGCCAGUCAAAAUAGUCAUGUUAUUUUUUCGAAGUUCUUUUUUUUCUUUUUCUUUUCUUUUCUGAUAGGUUACCCCUCUAAUGCUUGAAUGUUGCAAUGAGCAUUGAAUAAGAGCAGCUGUUACAUGAUUGUACAAUGCGAAGUUUCUGAUAAUAUGGGUACCUAAUAGUCUUCUUAAUUA